ACGCGAGCGCGAGCGACCGCUCCGCCAACGUUUACUCGUAUUUUUAUUUUAUUCAGCCUCGUACGCUCUUUUUUUUAUCGGUAGCCGUAUCGAUGUUCAACUAAUAUUUGCCAACAACAAAAACAACAUUCAUUAACUAUACUGGCUGAGUUCCAUAAAAAAAUAGAAUGCGAUCAAAUCGGAAAGCUCCAAAUACGUUUUAAGCCCCCACAGGCGAUAAAAUCGCGACUUCUUCGAGCAAUAGAAUUUUGAAAGUAUUAGAAGGGCCCAAUGGUCAGCAGCUAGCAUCACAAGCCGCAGCCAUAAACAGUUUAAGAUUUGAAGGGGUCGGAGCCGGAGCCGCAGCCUCAGUCUCUUACUUGUCAAGCAGACAAAGAGAAUAAGGAAUAAAUAAUUUGAAGUCUUAAGUCUUUGAAUAGCGCAAUAAAUGCAAAUAAAAGCCAUUCGCUGUUUUCAAGGCCGUUUAGUAUAAUAAUGCUAAUAAAAUGCACAAAAUGCGAUUUUUGCUGCGGCUAACCGCCUUUUGGUGUUUUCUAAGCAAUCUGACGCUGGCGCUCGGAUAUUUCGUGGACUACACAGAGAAUACGGAGCUGAUUCAACAACGCGCCGGCCUCGAUGUGAAGCUACAAUGCGAUCUCAAGGGGCUAGUGGAUGAGCGCAAGUUGGACGAAAUUAAAAUCCACUGGUACUUUAAGCAAUGCAGUGACAAUUGUCAUCAGUUCGACUCGCCGGAGGAUUGGACGGCGCUGCCCUGUGAGCAGAGCUUGUGCCGAUCGGAGCUCUGGCUGCGCAAUAUUACCGAUCGCUACUCCGGGCUCUACAAGUGCACCAUCAAUCCUCAUGUUUGGGAUCCUACACAGACAGCGGACAUACAACUGGUGCGCACCUAUCAGCUGGACGUAAAAAACACUUCUCUGGCCGCUCCCGAAUUUCUCGAUGCUUAUCCCUUAAAUCACACAGCCGCUGUUGAGAGUCAAGUGGUGUUUCAGUGUCGCGUGCACAGCGCGGAGCAUCCCACGAUCAAAUGGUUUCACAGACUAAAUUAUGCUGGGUCUGCUACGGGCGAGACAUUACCGCCUUCCAUUGGAAACGGAAAUGGGAACUUUAGCACACGUAUUGUACGGUACAAUGGAAGAACUUAUGAGCUCCUGGCCACAGCUCCAGAGAAGCUCAUUGGGACACAGAUUUAUCUGAGUAAGUUCAUAAUAAAUGGAGUACGGCUGCGGGAUGAGGGCUUCUACGCAUGCGUGGCCAUUACUUAUCAUGGACAUAAGAUACGCGAAGCUUACUUGGAGGUAUUGCCGAAUGCUCCAGAAACGGAAUACUGGAGCGAUUACAAUACGAGUGAUGAGGGUGACCCUAGUAGCGAUCCCCGAGAAUUUUGGCUGCUCUUUUUAAUGCCACUGGGCCUGGCACUACUCCCACUGAGUGUCUGGUGCGGCUAUCUGCUAUAUAGACGCUUUCGUACACCCCAUGAAUGCGAGCGCAUGCAUCAGCAGUAUUCCGAUGAGGAAAUGGACACGGAACGUUGUGUGCUGGGCGGCAAUUGAUUAAUUGAAUGUGCUCGGCAUAUGCAUCUACGCUUAUUAGUUUUAGGACUGAAGACUGUACCAAAUUUAGUUGAUAGAUUCUUUAUAGCUCUAACAGGAUAUGUAGCAUAAUUGAAGUAAAAUAAAAAAUAACGACUAUGGAUACUA